AUGACCAUCCAUGCCUUGUGGAUCAUCAGUAAAGCCGGUGGUCUCGUUUUUUCUCGAUCCUACAGCGAUGUCCUUCCCCCACUCCCGGUCAACACAAUCCUCACACUCGCCGGUAUCUUGCACGGUAUACACGCCAUCACCGCCCGCCUUACCCCCGCCCCUUCACCUGGUCAGCCCAUAGAGGGAUUGGAUAGUUUUGAAGCAGAGGGUUGGGGAGGAAAGGUUUUCAUGACGCCGACAGGGACAAAGUUUGUGGUUCUGCACUCUAUACCACAUACGGGCCUUGAAGACCUGGCGAGACGGAUAUACGAGACCUAUGCCGACACUGUCAUGAAGAACCCAUUCCACACAUUAGAGAUGCCGAUCAAUAGCUCGUUAUUUGACGAGAAGCUGGGAGGGCUCAUCGGGGGUGUGAACGCUUCUUAG